AUGUGGAGAAAAAGAAGCAGAAAGAUAAGAGUCUCCCAUUUGACUUUGUGGUCUCUUUCUCUUCAUAAUAGACUCCUUUCCAAAGACUUUUUUUCAAGCAACAUACUACACAGCUGGCUAAAAGCAGCUAAGCAAACAAAGCCCAUCAGGAGUCGUGCUGAGACAGCCGCAGCCACGCGGUGCUGCCCCAGCCGUGCCCGUGUGGGCCGCGCAGUCCCGGCCCCGGCCGCUCCAGGCCUUGGGGCUGCCCGCAGUGCCAGCCGUGGGGCCGCUCCUGGCGCUGGCUUUGUUCAUUUUAAAAUGAACUUAAGGGUUGCGUCUGCUGACCAUCAAUGUGUCAAGACGAGGAGUCGAGACCCAAUGCUUAUCUAUUUUACCAGUGGAACUACGGGCUUCCCAAAAAUGGUGAUGCAGUCCCACAGCGGUUAUGGCAUUGGAUUUGCAGUCUCUGGCAGGUAUUGGAUGAACUUAACUCCUUCAGAUAUAAUGUGGAAUACCUCUGAUACUGGCUGGGUAAAAGCAGCGUGGAGCAGUGUUUUUGCACCAUGGAUCUGUGGAUCCUGUGUCUUUGUACACAAUAUGCCACAGUUUAAAGCGGAAGUUAUUGCAAAGACUCUCUCAAGAUAUCCCAUCACCACUUUCUGCACAGCUCCCACCGCCUUCCGCAUGCUGGUCCAACAUGAUGUGAGCAGCUACAAGUUCCCAAGUCUGAAACACUGUGUAACUGGAGGGGAAGCACUCAAUCCUGAAGUGUUGGCGAAGUGGAAAAUCCAGACAGGGCUGGAUAUCCAUGAAGGUUAUGGCCAGACCGAAACAGUGACAAUCUGUGCCAAUAUGAAAGGAAUGAAAAUUAAACCUGGCUCUUUGGGAAAAGCUGUUCCCCCUUAUGAUGUGCAGGUCGUGGAUGAGCACGGGGCUGUUGUGCCUGCAGGAGAAGAGGGCACCAUUGCUGUCCGAGUGCAGCCCACGCGACCCUUCUGUCUGUUCUCUGAGUACUUGGAUAAUCCGGAGAAAACUGCCGCCUCUGUGCGUGGAGAUUUUUAUCUCACUGGGGACAGAGGCAUUAUGGAUGAAGAGGGAUAUGUCUGGUUUGUGGGAAGAGCUGAUGAUAUCAUUAAUUCUGCUGGGUACCGCAUUGGCCCAUUUGAAGUGGAGAGUGCAUUGAUACAGCACCCAGCAGUCUCAGACGUGGCUGUUGUCAGCAGUCCUGACCCAGUGCGAGGGGAGGUGGUCAAAGCCUUCAUUGUUUUAGCUCCUGCUUUUCUAUCACACGAUCCAGAAAAAUUAACUCUCGAACUUCAACAACAUGUCAAGAAGGUGACUGCACCUUACAAGUAUCCAAGGAAGGUGGAGUUUGUUCAGGAUCUGCCAAAGACAACUACUGGGAAAAUCCAGAGAAAAGUUCUAAAGAACAAAGAGUGGGCAAGGGAAUGA